CAUCCUUUAGAUGUUCUCAAAAUUAGGCUUCAAAUGCAGCGAGCGGGUCAGCGAGGUCCUUUGAUUGGAAUGGGAAAGCUUUGUGGAAAAAUAGUGAAAAUUGAAGGACCUGUGGCACUGUGUUCAGGGCUUGCACCUGCGAUGGUUAGGUCUCUUCUUUGUGGGGGCCUUCGAUUGAGCUUAUAUGAGCCUUGCAAGUCUUUCGCUGAUUCUGUUUUUGGUUCAGCUAACAUCUUUGUUAAACUUGUAUCUGGGACCAUCUCUGGUGCCAUUGCAACAGCAGUCACCAAUCCUGUAGAUGUUCUUAAGGUACGUAUGCAAAUGAACAUGAAUCCUCAAAGGGGACCUGUUGGGGAGCUACGGCAAAUUAUAUCGGAGGAGGGAUUAAAAGGGCUUUGGAAGGGAGUUGGUACUUCAAUGACCAGAGCUGGAGCUCUCACAGCAUCACAAUUAGCAACAUAUGAUGAAUCCAAGCAGGCAUUGCUCAGAUGGACACCUCUUGAAGAAGGUUUUCUUUUGCAUCUCAUAUCAAGUUGCAUAGCUGGAGCUGUUGGGACUCUCGUAACGGGGCCUAUGGACAUCGUUAAAACGCGUCUUAUGUUACAACAAGAAUCUAAAGGCGGCAUAAUUUAUAGGAAUUCAUUUCACUGUGCAUACCAGGCAAGGAGAAGGCCAUGUUGUGAACUUCACCAUACUUUUAUCCAGUGUUAUAAAGCGAGAAAGGCGCUCGCCUAGGUGCUCAGGCGAGGCGAGACCUUAAUGUCUCAACACCCUUUGGACAAGACGCCUUCAAUGAGGCGAGCCUAGGCCAGUGCUUUUUGCCUGGCGCCAGGCAUUAAAAAGGUGCGCCUGUCUUAUUUUUCUUGAUAUAGACCUUUUAUUUAAUGCUUUCAAUUAGUGUUUAUUGGAAUUCUAAAAAGGCACAUUUACUAAUAAGGUAUGAAAUAAAUUUAGGGGAGGAAAAUUUGGUGGUUUUAAAAAGGCACGCUUGUUAAUAAAUAAGGAAAUAAAUUUAGAGGAGAAAAAUUAAAAGUUUUAAAUGCAUAGUUGCUAUUUUUUAAAACUAAUGAUUAAAUUAAGGAAUUAACUAAUCAAUUAGAGAUAAUUGAAGAGGUUGCAAAAUUAGCACUUGCCAUAAAAGUCUGAACAAAAAAAAAAA